GAAAAUUGCCUCAGGAUAUUUGGAGAAGACAUCACUUCCCUCUUGGGCGAGAACUCAAUGAGUCGUGGUAACAGCGAGAAGGCUGCAGACUCCGGCCCUAAGACUGUGACAAGCCGUUCUUUCAGAGCCAGGGCCUUUUGUCGGGGUUGCAGCACUUGCAGGCACACCCAGUGCACAGCCCCACCUUCCGCAAAGCCAGUACAGCUCUUUGGAGUUUCGCUCAUGGAUAUGUGUUAUAAAGACAACCUUCCCUUCCCAAUUCUGGAUAUGCUUUCCUUUAUUAAUCAAAAAGGGCCCCUCACAGAAGGCAUAUUCAGCAAAUCAGCCAAUAUAAAAUCCUGCAUGGUCCUAAAGGAGAAACUAAAUUCUGGGGUCAAAGUGAACCCGUACAGCGAAUCUGUUUAUGUGGUCGCAUCCGUCUUAAAGGACUUUCUGAGAAAUAUCCAAGGAAGUAUAUUUUUAUCUGAUCUCUAUGACAAAUGGCUCGGUGUUAUUGAUCAAGGCAACAAAGAGGAGAUGAUAACGGCAGCCCGGAGGUAACGAUGCAUAAUUACUCUACUCUGGUCACAUCUCGAAAUAACACCCAACAUACUAUGAGGAAAACAUUGGCUUACAUUUUGCAGCUUUGCCCACUAUAAUCAUGACCAACGCCAAAGAGUUUCAAUUCUUCACGCCCAAGGGGGCCAGCUCAGAAUAGAGGCACACUUUAGGGCUAUUAUUGUUCUUCUCCUGAUCUUAUUAAUCUGGACUCCUUGGCCGUUUUACACCUUCUGGAUCCAUGAAACUGGUAGACAAAAUUCCCUGGUCCAAGACAGAUCAAGAGCAACAACUGCCAGGGCUAUGACCUUAAAAGUCUGUCAGACAUUUAACCAACCAGGCAAGUGUGUAUCUGGCUCAGGAACUGAAUU